AUGCUUCAAUUGUGAUGGCAUUGGCCAUAUUGCAUCCGAUUGCCCGUCAAAGUCGAAGAAAGAAGUCCACAAGUAAUGAUAGAACAAUGUUCGCAGCUUUCGUAGUGGAACCAUCAACCGAGGAAUGGAAUAUUGACUGCGGUGCUACCAAUCACAUGAUAGCACGACGAGAACAUUUGAACAACUUUUGUGAGUACUCUAGUGAAAUGAAAGCCACAAAUAAUACAACAAUGCAAGCUGUUGGAAAGGGUGACAUAAAGAUGAAUCUAUCAACGCCAAGAGGUAAUGAAUAAAGAUGUCCUCUAUGUUCCAGAUUUGGAAGUGAAUCUUUUGUCUACAAAGAAGAUUGUAUUGCAGAUCAUCAAAAUAGUGUAGUAUUCGAUAGAUCUGGAUGCUGUAUUAUAAAUUCUUCCAAAAAGGUUAUUGGAAUGGCAAAGCAAGUAAACGCGUAUAUGGCAACUGAAAUGUCAACGGAACUUUGGCAUCGAAGAUUUGCACACCUAGGAUCCGAAAAUCUGAAACUUCUAGCCAACGGUUAUGUGAAAGGUGUACAUUUGAGCAAAGAUUCUGUAGAAUCGCGUAUAUCAUGCGCAGAAGGUAAACAACAUCGUCUCAGUUCCCCGUCAGAAGGCGCCAGAGCGUCAAAAGUUUUAGAUCUUAUUCACUCUGACGCAUGUGGUCCUAUGGAAGUGAAGUCCAUGUGUGGAAGUCUUUAUUUUGUGAUGAUUUUACCCAGAAGGUAAGGGUAUAUUGCAUGAAAAACAAAGACGAAGUUGUGGAUCGUUUUUUUGAAUAUAAAACUGAGGUGGAAAAUCAAACAGGGAGUCAAUCAAAAUUUUAAGAGCUGACAACGAAAAGGAGUACAUGAAUAAGAAACUGACUGCUGAGUUAACAAAAAGUGGAACAAUUCAUCAGACUACGAUUCCAUAUACCCCUGAGCAGAUGAACCGAAAUUUGAUGGAAAAUGCACGUGCAAUGUUGUGUGACGCAGGUAUGCCGAAAUCUUUCUGGGCGGAAGCAGAGAAUUGUGCAACCCAUAUCAAAAACCGAUCACCACGCAAAAUAUUACAAAAGACUCUGAAAGAAAUGUGGUCUGGACACAAGCCUAUCGUCAGUUAUUUCAAAAUAUUGGAAUAUACAGCCAUGUGUUAUAGCCCUAAACAAAACCUCGUAAAUUGAUGCAAAAUCGGAAAAGUAUGUAUUUGUCGGAGUGUGUAAUUUUAUUAUAAAAUUAAAGAUAACAAAAUCCAAAGAAAUGGUGAAUUUCCCCUAUAUACGAUUCAAGUGGGGGUACAACCUGUUGACAUCCCUGAUAAUCAAAGCGAUUGUGGUUCAAGCUCAUCAAUCCUAGAAAAUGCGCAUGAAGUGGGGGAAUCUGAAAAAGUUCAAAGCGAACAUAAUGAUGAUGUUCAUGUAGCAAUAGAUUAUGUAGAUAAUCAAGACGUUUCAUCGGAUCCACGCAGAAGUGAGAGACUCGCAGCGAAACACAAAGCUCUAACCGUCAAGAAUGUAGCACAGAUGAGCCAAAAAGCCUUGAAGAUGCCAUGAACAGUUCUGAGAAGCUGAAAUGGAUUGACGCGAUGAAAAACGAGAUAAAAUCUCUUGAAAAGAAUAAUACAUGGAUAUUAGUAGAAAAGCCGCCUAGAGUGAAUGUCAUCAAGACCAAAUGGGUUACCAAAGACAAAAAGGAGCCAGGAGGAUGUGUUUGCAGCUUUUUAAUAACCAGCUUUCAUGCUGUGCCGGAUCGUACAUUUCUCACCAUGCUGAAAAGGGUGCGACUCUUGCUGCAGCAAGAUAAUGAUCCGAAACUAUGUUCGCUCCCCACUACCCUCGUUUAUCUAACACGCUGGAUGAAUGCCUACCAUCUACAACAACGUGAUCAAUUUGGUUACUAACCCCUUGAUCUAGGGACAACCAUGUGGCUUUGAGAAUUUUUAUACUCACCACCAUAGGAUAGGGGUAUAUUUAUUUUAAGGCUCUCUUUUGACAUGUCCGAUUUAGCACAUGCAGAGUUGUACAAGUCGUGUGAUACAAUUGACAUAAACAUAUGAA